GUAUGCGCGGAGUCUAGGAGGCUGAGGACGCAGCAGGAUUGUCCCUCAGCGGCCGCCGUAGUGCAGCGGGCGCGUUGCCUUGGAGAUGGGCUGGGCGAGACGGAGUGGGCGGCAGUGCGCUGAGCUGACACUACCUCUCCGCUGGGACUCAUGUGGCCCCCGCGUGAUCGCGGGGCGGGUAAUCGCGUAAGGCCGGGCGGGGCAGCUCCAGGGAACGGAGACGAGGCCGGGGUUUCUCCGAAGACCCGGCACUGCGGAUUCCUCCCCGAGAGGAGGGACCAUUGCUAUGGAAACCAGAGCGCGGGGCAGCGGGGAAUUGUGGCUCCCGGAUGGUGACCGAUCUUCUGUCUCCCCGAGAACCUCACCCGAGGCUUCGGGCGCGGUUGCUUCCUGAACGAACCUGCCCUCCCGCCCACGGGAGAGAGUCUUCCAUGGCACAGGCCAACAGAAAGAUGGAGCCUUCGUGCCUCACUGGCUGCUGACCCCUCGGCCUGAUGACGGCGCCCCCGUGUACCUUUCUGGUUCAGUCCCGGCAGCCCUCGGUCAGCGGCCUCUCGCAGAUCACCAGCAGCCUGUACCUCAGCAGUGGGGUGGCGGCCAACAACAAGCCUAUGCUUGCCAGCAACCGGAUCACCACGGUCAUCAACGUAUCGGUAGAAGUGGUGAAUACCUUAUACGAGGACAUCCAGUACGUACAGGUGCCUGUGGCCGACACACCCAUCUCGCGUCUCUGCGACUUCUUUGACCCCAUUGCUGACCACAUCCACAGCGUAGAGAUGAAGCAGGGCCGCACGCUGCUGCACUGCGCGGCUGGCGUGAGCCGCUCAGCUGCCCUCUGCCUCGCCUACCUCAUGAAGUACCACGCCAUGUCCCUGCUGGACGCCCACACGUGGACCAAGUCAUGCCGGCCCAUCAUCCGCCCCAACAGUGGCUUUUGGGAGCAGCUCAUCCACUACGAAUUCCAGCUGUUUGGCAAGAACACGGUGCACAUGGUCAGCUCCCCUAUGGGAGUGAUCCCUGACAUCUACGAGAAGGAGGUCCAUUUGAUGAUUCCACUGUGAGCCGUCCUGCCAGCCCCCGCACCCAGGUCAGAGGGGCAGAUCUGCUGUGGACCCUCCACCACGAUCUGAACUGAAACGUUCCACUUUCCUCAAUACAGAAAAAACAGAUGAUACCUUUUAUAAGGGCCAGAAAAAAAGGAAAGGUGCUGUAAACCUUAAAGGUGUUUUAACCUUAUUAUCCAUAUCUUCAAAGAUUAAUUCACCAACUGUACAAUGGUGCAGAGAGGUUUCCUACCCUUGUAAAUGACGGGUCAUGGCUGCUGGCCAGAGGGGAGAGUGAGGCCUGUGCCCAGGUCAAAUGGACUAGCGCCUAAAGCGUUUGGCAAGCCUGGAAUCCUGCUGCCCUCCCCCAGACUGACUAACCCAGGAAUGAGUCAGCCACAAUUCCACUAAAUUCUUUCAAACCCAAAGCCAGAGCCUUAAGCAUCUUUGCGCCUCCUGUGCUGUUCACAGUAAGUGUGCCAACCCACUAGGUAAGUGGCCUGCAGGUGGUGCUCCGGGAGUCCUGGGGGCCCAGGCCAACUCUGCUUCCGCCUACGACCCACAGGGGCCCAACUCUGGUUUUCUGGAUUUGAUUUACACAUGACAUAGUUUUCAAAGAAAGCAUUCUACAGUAUAAAAUGUUUAAAAAUAUUUUCAAUUUUGAGUGCUGUUGUCUCAAGUACCCUUGGCAGUCCCCUGCCAGCCUUCGAUGAAAGGUGGCAUUCAUUUCCUUCUUGGGGACACAUGUGGAGAGCAGGCCUGACAUCAGGCAUCAGGGGUUCCUCUCACAGGUCUCAGUUUGAAAGGCUGGAGCUGCAGACCGGAAUCUAGCCUUGUCACCUCCUCCCCAUGUGAUUCGGACCUCUUGGCACCUCAGCUUUCUCAUCUGUCCACGCAAUGACAGCCCUUUCCUCACAGCAUUAUCAUGGAGAUUCAGCGAUCCCUUAACAGGGCGCCUGGCACGUGGUAGGGGCUUGUGGUAGCAACUUUCCUCACGAAUGAUGCUUUGGCCCCACUGGUCUGGAUCAGCGCGGUCAUCCUCAUGGUGGCAUUUCCCCCAUCUGUGCACAGCCCUUCACUGUUUACAAAGUGCUCUUCCAGAAAGUCAUCCUGUGGGGGGAAAAAGUGGUUUGAGGCCUUUCGGACCCUACCUUAGAAGAGGCCUAGACCUCGUAGCCUUUUCAGAGUUCCCAUUGUGUUUAAUCCAUGUGUGACCAGGGGUCCUAAAGCAAGAAACACACUUUCAGCUUCCCCCAAAAGGCCUUGUUUAGAUUGCUGACCAUUAAUGCCAAUGCUGGCUAACCACUGGGGUCCAUGGGGACAAAUGAAUGGGCCCCACCUAUAGGCCCUGAAGUCCAGGAUGGUUCAAAACCCCCAGGGGCCUGAGGAUCUGACUCAAGACCAACUAUUCUAAUCCAGAGGUUUUCAGACGAGCGAUAUAUGAGACAGACAAAAGCACAAGUGGUCUGUGACUCCAGAGGCCAGUGGAAGCCAAAUGCUUUCUCCUUCCAAACCUACCCCACCCCCACACUUCCGUUGAGGGCAUGCCCAGGGAUGUAAUUUUAGGGUGCAGGAGAGAAGGAAAAUUCCUGCUUUAGACUGACUUCUCGUUUUAUAGGCCAAUAAACAGACCCACAAACACCAGGGCCGGUGUGGCAGAGCCCCCACAAAGCAGCAUUUCUGGAAGAAACCCAGAUGGAAAAUUUCUUUCAUAGCCUUUUUAAAGAGAAAUUGAUUGGACAUAUUUUAUUUUCGUUUUUAAAAUUUUUGAAUUAACAUACCAUAAAAUUAACUUUUUUGUAUGUACAGUUCUAACACAUUUGUGUUACCACCUCUGCAAUCAGGACACAGAGCAGUUCCAUCACCCACAAAAUUCUCUUAUGCCACCCCUUGUAUUCAGACCUUUGCCCCGCCCCAGCCUCUGGCACAUACCAAUCUGUUCUCCGUUCCUGUAGAUCUGCCUUUUCUAGAAUGUCACAUACACAGUGUCAUAGAGGAUGUAACCUCUGGAGACUAGCUCCUUUGAGUGUGUCUUUGAGAUUCAUUACGUGUUGCUUUUUAUAGCUGAGUAGUGUUCCAUUGUGGAUGACCACAGUUUGUUUUAAUCACCCAUUGACGGAUAUUUGGGUUGUUUCCAGUUUGGGGUAAUUUUGAAUAAAACUGCUACAAAAGUUUGUAUAUAGGUUUUUACGUGAACAGAAGUUUUCAUUUAUCAAGGGAUAUACCUAGAAAGUGGGAUCGGUCAGUUAUAUGAUAAAGGUUAUGUUUAACUUAAUAAAAAACUACCAGACUUCCAGAGUAGCUAUACUGUUUUGCGUUCCACUGUGAGAGAUCCACUUUCUCACUGGUUUUUGGCACUGCCGAUAUUUUUUAUUUUAGCCAUUCUGAUAGGUGUGUGGUAUUCGCUCUUUGUGGUUUUAAUUUGCAUUUUCCUGAUGGUUAAUGAUGCAGAGCAUCUUUUAUGUGCUUCAUGGCCUUCCACAUACCCUCUUUGGUGAAGUGUCCAUUCAACUCUUUUGCUCAUUUUAAAAUUGGGCUGUUUUCUCACUCUUGAGUGUUGAGAAUACUUUAUAUAUUCUGGAUACAACUCCUCUCUCAGCUAAUAGAUCUCUAAAUUUUUUUCCCCAGUCUAGCUUAUCUUUUUAUUUCUCUUAGAAGUAUCUUUUUUUUUUUUUAAGAUUUUUUAUUUAUGUAUUUGACACAGAGAGAGACA